AUGAAUAUGUUGGAUGAUGAAGAUGACCAAAGCUUUCACGCUACGCGUGACGGCUACUCCCAUUUGAGCGAUGUCGAAUGGGAUGCGGUUGAACGGAUGGGUUCAACCAUGGGAAUCCAUGCUGUUAGCGUCAUGCUAGAGGCUCUCAAUAGAGAUGCCCAACAUGCUACUAUCGCCAAGUUCAUUCAAAAUGAACUUGACGCUGAACGCGAGAAAGUAGCCUUGCUUCACCAACUAGGUUCUCAACAAGCAGAGUUGUUGAGAGAACAGGGUGCUCAACAUUUUGAAUUGUUGAGACAGCAGCAGGCUGCUGCUGGUGGGUCGAUGCACUCGCGUCGACCCGAAACCUUGAAGAUUGACAUCUCCAAGUAUAGGGGAGUCGAAGAGGACUCCCUCUUGAGAUGGUUCGUCGAAUUGGAUGAAGCCAUAAGGGCGCGUCGCAUCGACGAUGGGGAAAUGCAAGUUGCAUUUGCCCAGUCAAAUCUGGCAGGACGUGCCAAGACUUGGGCACUGGGGCUCAAGUUGCACGACCCAUAUGCGUUUGGGUCGUUGGAAGUCUUCACCGCGGCUCAGACAAACGUUUGA